AUGGCAACGCUAACUCAAACCCCCACGCCGGACAGGUUCCAGACACAUGUCGCAUUCGACAAUUUGCCGCUGGGCGAGGCCACUAAGAACAACACGCCGUCGCUGACGUUGAAUGUCAGACAUAAGGGGUACCAGGCCCAGAGGAGGUCGCGCACAUUCAUGGUCGGCGUCGACGAGCACUCCUAUUCCGACUAUGCGUUGCAAUGGCUGCUCGACGAGCUUGUCGAUGAUGGCGACGAGAUCGUGUGCGUGCGCGUCAUUGAAAAGGAAGUGCGCACCGAUAACGAUGCAUACCAAAAGGAGGCCAAUAAUGUCAUGGAGUCGAUCCUCAAGCGCAACGGCGCAAACCGAGCCAUCAGUGUUGUUUUGGAGUACGCCUGCGGAAAACUGCACUCGACCUUCCAGAAGCUGAUCCAAAUCUACCAACCUGCUAUGCUCAUCGUAGGUACUCGUGGUCGAUCACUCGGAGGUCUUCAAGGCCUCGUCAACACCCGAAACUCCUUCUCCAAGUACUGUCUGCAGUACUCCCCGGUUCCCGUCGUCGUCGUUCGCCCGACCGAGAAACGAGAGAAGAAGAAAAAUAAGAGACAAAACGACUCUGAGCGACAGACAUACAUCAAGAUGCUGUCGGCAACGGGAGGCAAGCACGAGGCCGAUAGCGAGCGCAGCAGCAUGUACGAGGUCGAAAUCAGGCAUACACCGGACGAGGAGGCGCAUCAGGUGGCGAAGGCCCUUGGACUGCCUGCUUCUUUCGAUCCCACCAUCAAGCCAAUCGACCCCAGUUCGUUUUUACAGCCAAGAGGGUACAGCAACCUGUCGCAGACCACGUCUGCAGCAUCGGCCAAAGCACCGCCUAGUACCGCCGGCGAUAGUGAUGACGAUGACGAUGAGGAGGACGAAUUUGAAGUCGUGUCCGGCGACCAGCUCAUCAACUCGAACCAGAAGGAGAGGCUCCACAAGAUGGAGGUCGGCGAAGCUGCCGCUCUGCUCCGGGAAAACCGGAAGUCAAGUCUUGACUCUACUGGAAAUGCAGAGGAUGAUGAGGAUGACGACUCGAAAGAGUCGCGUACUAGUAGCACCGGUUGA